AUGGCAUACAUGAUAAAGCAAGUCGAUGAAGACUAUCUAAAAUCCAAGCUAAAAGAGGAAAAACUGAAUACUUCAACCAAACUUCCGAAAAUAUUCAACAAGAAACCAACAAAUUAUAAGAAUGUCAAAUUACUGAAAUUAAAACUGUGGAUAGAGGAUCAAAUUAAUCAACACUUACCUGAUGAUGAUAUCGCAAUCGAUUAUAUUUAUGAAUUGUUACAAAAUUAUGAUGAUUCUGAUACAGAUAGUGGAUGCCCUGAUAUAUUUAGUAUACACCAACAAGUAACUGAUUUCUUAGGAGAGGAAGAUUCACGCAAGUUCUGCAAACAACUAUGGAAGUUGAUUAUAGAAGCCUCGAAUGAGAAAUCAGGUAUUCCGAAAGUGUUUCAAGAGAAGGAACCAUUGAAGAGGAUCACACCAGAGGAAUCAAAACCAAGAAAGAAAACAAAUUACAAUAGAACAACAUCAAGCUCCCCCAGACUAGAGAAUGUUAAUGAUUCGUAUACUAAAAGGGAAUACGAACAUAGAUAUCAAUCCAGGAGAGAUUAUGAACAUAAUUAUGUUUCUAGGUCUGGCCGAGAUCGAGAUGAAUCAUAUUAUAGACUGAAUAGAGGUAAGGACUCAUAUAGAAAAAGGUCAUAG